GCCGCCUCCCCAGGCCGGGCCAUGGCGGAGACGUCGGGCGCCCGCUUCGCCAAGCGCCGCUUCCUGGGUGGCUUCGUCUGCGGGGCCGUGCUGGGCGCCGCCGCCUCCGGCCUGGCCGCGCUGCGGCUCCUCCGCAGCCAGCCCGGCCCAGCGCCGGCGGCCCCCCGCGAGCGGCCGCAGGAACCAGUGGAAGUGUCUCUUCUGGAACAGUAUGGAUUCCCUGUAGCUGGAACAGAGACCAGAUGUUACACAAAUCAUGCACUGUCUUAUGAUCAGGCAAAACGGGUACCUAAAUGGGUGAUUGAACAUAUUUCAAAACAGAAGACACUGGGCAACGCAGAUCGAAGGCACUGCAAAUUCAGACCAGAUCCUAGUAUCCCUCUCAUGUUUAGUGCUGUCAAUGAAGACUACAUUGGGAGCGGGUGGUCGCGAGGACAUAUGGCACCAGCAGGAGAUAACAAAUUUUCAGUACAAGCUAUGGCUGAAACAUUUUACCUGUCCAACAUUGUGCCCCAGAAUUACAAGAAUAAUGCUGGAUUCUGGAACAGAAUGGAAAUGUAUUGUCGGGAGCUGACAGAGAGAUUUGAGGAUGUUUGGAUAGUUUCUGGACCUUUGACCUUGCCUCAGACAGGGGAUGAUGGAAAGAAAAGAGUUACCUAUCAGGUAAUCGGCAAGGGUGAUGUAGCUGUGCCAUCACAUCUCUACAAGGUGAUUCUCGCCAGGAGAAGCAGAAUAUCCUCGGAGCCCCUGGUGCUGGGAGCCUUUGUGGUGCCCAACGAUCCCAUAGGCUUCAGUCACCAACUACCUGAAUUUCAAGUGCAUAUUGAAGACCUGGAGAAAAUGUCAGGAUUGGUUUUCUUCCCGCAAGUGGACAAAACCAAAGAUGUUAAAAAUAUCUGUGAUGUAGACACCUGUAAACUGAUGGGGUUUGAUGAGUUUACGUUGUACAUCACCGCCCGGAAAGUUCACAGUGCCAGAACACUGCACAGGCUGGAAAAGGUCAUGUCAGAGUUAAGGGAAAUGGGAAUUGAGCCUGACGAAUAUCUUGUGAAGCUUUACAAGAAGAAGGAGGAGGAACUAGUGCAGCAAAAGCAAAUGGACGCUAGAGAAGGGAGAGCUGGUUGAGUACACGGUUCAGAAAAUACGUUUGGAAGGUUUUACUCUCAGAAAGGAGUCACAUGCACACACUCAGUUUGGAUUUCAUGAUUUGGCCAUUUUUUAAAAAAAAUGUGGAAACCAUUAGAAGUUGAAGUUCAGGGUAAUGUUCAGUCUCUUGUAACAUGUUGUAUGUAUGAUUUGCUACAGUACUGUGUGGGAAAGGAAAAUGACCCUUUCCUGGCAUGACUGGAUUAUGGGGCCUCUGAAAAAGGCUUUGUACUAUUUUCUAAACAAGACGUCAGAAUUGGGGUUUGUAUGGAAUCCCUUCUAGGAAUAUUAUAAAAAUAGACAGUGGACACCUUGGGAGUAUAACUGGAACCUGUCUAAAUGUAACUGACCCUACAGAUGUAUUUUAAUACUAAGCUGUAGAAUUAAUGGUGUUACUGAGAGGUGGGGUUUUUUUGUUUUGUUUUUUUAAUGAAAAAAUGCUGACAUGAAAUUUUUCUUUUACUUGUUUUUUUUUAAAAAAUCCAAUAACAUUUAUAAACCACUGUCUAGUCAGUGGCAAAUCUCUCAUUGACUUCAGUGAGAUCAGAAUUUCUCCCAUUCAUUUUAUUAAGUAUAACAAAAUGCAUAGUACAUCACAACACAAUAAGCUACCUCACCUCACCUCUCCAGGUCCAAGUGGCAGCAGAGUGCAUGGCCUGGAAUCCCCUUAGGGGACUUGGCAAACACAGAGCUCAGCAGGAUCUUGGAGACACAGUGUAUCCCCAUGAUUCCAUUGGCAAGGGGAUGGGGUAGGCAGACUGACCUGAGCUGUGGUCAUCGGGGUUUAGGAUGGGUCUUACCAUCGAAACAUAGCCGUCCGAAGGGCAGAAGCCUCACAGCUGUGUGUGUAAAGGAGGGUUCUUUUUGGAGGAAGCAGUUUGCUCCGCCCAUCAGGAUAGGCCACUCUCUCAUGUUUGUUUCAGCAUAAAUGUAAAUCUGCACUUACCCUAUCUAUUGGGUAAUAGGGAAGCACAUACUAGUAGAGGGAGGGGUCUGCUAUUUUUGUGGAUCCAGGCUUCUAUUAGUUAUUAUCCACUCCUGCCUGGCAGGUGUGUGAAGUGGAAGUAGGAAUUCAGGGACAGAUUGUGGUUUAAUUUCAUUCCUAACAAGGAGGCCUAUAAAAUCCAUAAACCAUCCCCUCUGGUCUAGUAAAGUCAUAGGGUGUGUCAGCCUCAUGAGCAGCAAGUUCAAAGGCAGCAGGUAUCCCCUUCAGUUUCUAGAGCUGCCAUACCACCUAAAACCACACUGUGCAGAGAACCCUGUAAAUUGUGACUCUGUUGCCAGUAUAAAAUUAUACCAGCAACAGGAGCAUAGCUGUAGCUCAUACUUUCUUACGGGAGCAAGCUGCACAGAGCAUCCACUCUAUUUCAGCUCCUACUCCAAGUCUUACAUACCCCCUUGAAUUCCUGCAGGACCCGCUUAGCAUGAUUUUCAUGUCAAAGGGCUCACCAUGUGGAAUCUAAUCCCUCUAGGAUUUUCAGUCACUGCUCCUGGAUUUCCCUCUGAAGCAUGCAGGAGUGGGGACCAUAAGGCGCAGGGUAAAUAGCUAGUUCUGGCCUAGCAAAAACACAUCCCUAUCUGGUACAAACCGAAGAAUACAAUCAUAUGCAUUUACUUUGCUCGUUUCACAAAUUGAGGUGAUAACUCUGGCUACUGUAACAAAGCUUAUUCAUAGUCCCUUACUGUCAUGGGGAUUUCCAAGUGAAACAGAAAAUACAACACAAAUAAUGACAUCUCUUGUCUUGUUUAUUUCUAAACAUAAAUUACUACCUGAUAUGCUCUGAGCUGUGUACAGCAGAGUUAGUGGCUAUCAGUAGUUGUGCCAAAAUUCCUCAUGAUUAGACUGUUAAAUGCUAGUGCCUUAACUAGAGUUUCUGUACAAUCCACAUUAGUUUUCCAUCCCUAGCCAUCAUCCACGUCUAUCAAAAUGCCCAGUUUUUGUUGGAGAGGUUAUAAAAUGGCUAAUUGUGAUAGAAACCAGUGGUGAAAAGUGCUAGCAGGGGUUUGCUUUGAGUCUCCCAGUGUUUUGGCCUCUAAGGCUAAAGUAAGAGAGUUGUAGGGUGGUGACAUCUAUACCAUUUACAAUCUGAUACAAUCAUUUCCUGAUAUUUUCUUGACCUGCUGCUCUUCAGCAUUCUCACAGACCUUGAUUCAGAGCAUGCGAGUUGGUAAACAAUGUGUUUUCAUUUGCUAAUAUACAGAGACUAAUAAAAGGAGAAACUUGUUC